AUGAGAUGAUGAGUAGGUCUACCCAAAUAACACGUUGGACAAACCAUGCCUGUGGAUAUGGGAAACAUGUACUUUCUGGCCGAUCAACUCUCAGAAGAACAGAUUGCUGAAUUUAAGGAGGCUUUCUCCCUAUUCGACAAAGACGGCGAUGGCACCAUCACCACGAAAGAGUUGGGAACCGUCAUGAGGUCUUUGGGUCAGAAUCCCACAGAAGCUGAACUGCAGGACAUGAUCAAUGAGGUCGACACAGACGGUAAUGGUACAAUCGACUUCCCCGAGUUUCUCACCAUGAUGUCGAAGAAGAUGAAGAACCAGGACACAGAGGACGAGCUCCGCGAGGCAUUCAGGGUGUUCGAUAAGGACGGCAACGGCUUCAUCAGCGCUGCCGAGCUCAGGCAUGUUAUGACCAACUUGGGGGAGAAACUGACGGAUGCGGAGGUAGAUGAGAUGGUUAGGGAAGCUGAUAUUGAUGGAGAUGGCCAGGUCAAUUAUGAAGAAUUCGUGAAAAUGAUGACGGCGAAGUAAGUUGUCCGAAAACCGCGUCACACACGGAUGUGCAAGUUAUACCAUGAAAACAUUCUCAUCAAAAGUCAUUUGCCCGAAGUUCAAUUUGAAAUUGUGGAGUUCAUUUGAUGCCGAUUUCCAAGAAUCGUGAUAUUGGAGGACUGUCAUUGUCAGCGACAACAAAUACGUACACAUCCAAAAUACCCUUAGGGGUUUCGAUAAUGCGCUUUUCAGAGAAAUGGGUCAAGAAUAUCAAUGAACUGU